CCGCGGCGGCGGCCACGGCCACGGCCACGCGACCCGCGCGGUCCCCCGCUCCCUGCCCCGGCGGCGCGGGCCCCCCGCGGGCCCAUGGGCGGCUCCGGCGAGCGGGCGCCCUGAGCGCGGCGCGGGUCCCCGGUGCGCGCCGGCGGCGGCGGCGGCGAGCGUGAGCAAGGUGUGGUACCAUGGCCUCCCACGCCCAGCUCUAGGCCACAGCCACCAGCCAGCAGCUGCUGCCCACGCAGGGCCACGCCCGCCCCCACCCACUGCCACACCAUGGCUGGGGACCGGCUUCCCCGGAAGGUGAUGGAUGCCAAGAAGCUGGCCAGCCUGCUGCGGGGCGGGCCCGGGGGCCCGCUGGUCAUCGACAGCCGCUCCUUCGUGGAGUACAGCAGCUGGCACGUGCUGCGCUCCGUCAACAUCUGCUGCUCCAAGCUGGUGAAGCGGCGGCUGCAGCAGGGCACAGUGACCAUCGCCGAGCUCGUCCAGCCUGCCGCCCGCACCCAGGUGGAGGCCGCGGAGGCGCAGGACGUGGUGGUGUACGACCAGAGCACGCGGGACGCCAGCGUCCUGGCCGCGGACAGCUUCCUCUCCAUCCUGCUCAGCCAGCUGGACGGCUGCUUCCGCAGCGUGGCCGUGCUCACAGGGGGCUUUGCCACCUUCUCCUCCUGCUUCCCCGGCCUCUGUGAGGGCAAGCCCGCCGCCUUGCUGCCCAUGAGCCUCUCUCAGCCCUGCCUGCCCGUGCCCAGCGUGGGCCUGACCCGCAUCCUGCCUCACCUCUACCUGGGCUCCCAGAAGGAUGUCCUGAACAAGGACCUGAUGACCCAGAACGGAAUAAGCUACGUCCUCAACGCCAGCAACUCCUGCCCCAAGCCCGACUUCAUCUGCGAGAGCCGCUUCCUGCGCAUCCCCAUCAACGACAACUACUGUGAGAAGCUGCUGCCCUGGCUGGACAAGUCCAUCGAGUUCAUAGAUAAAGCCAAGCUGUCCAGCUGCCAAGUCAUCGUCCACUGUCUGGCCGGCAUCUCCCGCUCCGCCACCAUCGCCAUCGCCUACAUCAUGAAGACCAUGGGCAUGUCUUCGGACGACGCCUACAGGUUCGUGAAGGACCGGCGCCCGUCCAUCUCCCCGAACUUCAACUUCCUGGGCCAGCUGCUGGAGUACGAGCGCAGCCUGCAGCUGCUGGCGGCGCUGCAGGGCGAGGCGGCGCCCCGGCCGGGCAGCCCCGAGCCGCCGCCCCCCGGCCCCGCGGCCCCGCCGCCGGCACCUACCUCAGAGGGCGGCGCGGCGGGGGGCGCCGAGCCCCCGGGCCCCGCCGCCAGCCUGCAGCAGGGCCUGCGCGGCCUGCACCUCUCCUCCGACCGCCUCCAGGACGCCAACCGCCUCAAGCGCUCCUUCUCGCUGGACAUCAAGUCGGCCUACGCGCCGAGCCGGCGGCCCGACCCCGGCGAGCCCCCGAAGCUCUGCAAGCUGGACAGCCCGUCGGGGGGCGCGCUGGGCCUGCCCUCGCCGGGCGCCGACGGCCCCGACGCCGCGGACGCGCGCCCGCGGCCCCGCCGGCGGCCCCGGCCCCCCGCCGGCUCCCCGGCGCGCUCGCCCGCGCGCUCGCCCGCGCGCUCCCCCGCGCGCUCCCCGGCCGGCGCGGCGCGCCAGACUCCGCGGCGCGCGCUGCCCGGCCCGCCCGGCUCGCCGCCGCCCGACGCGCGCUGCCGCUGCGGGCCCGACGCGCACUUCAAGCGGCGCAGCUGCCAGAUGGAGUUCGAGGGCGGCCUGGCCGAGGGCCGCGCGCGCGGCGAGGAGCUGGCCGCGCUGGGCAAGCAGGCCAGCUUCUCGGGCAGCGUGGAGGUCAUCGAGGUGUCCUGACGGCCCCGCGGGGCGCAGGGGCGGGGCGGGUGACGGCGGUUUUUAUCGAGAAGCCAAUAUUUCGAUUUUUUAUUUAUUUAAGCUGUCCUUCUGCAGUGACUGGCAGCCCCGGAGCUGUUUUUACUGUCUGGUAUUUAUUUAAAAACUGAAACACAGUUUCUAAGCAAUACGGGCCGCCUGCAGUCUCGAGCCGGGGUCCGGGCCUGGGGUCCCCUUCUCCGCCCCCUCCCGCAGGACACUCUGACUGCCCAGCUUUCGUGCACUUUUUACAUAAGAAAAAGGAAAAAAAGAAAAAAAAUCCUUUGCCACAAACUGAGCCGCAGACUCUCCGCCCGCCCUCCCCCGCCCCGCCCUGCCCCUCUCUCCCCCUCUUCCCCUCCCUCCACCCCCCUCCCUCUUUCUCUGCUCCUCUCCCUUCUCCUCUGCCCCCAGCCUGGGGGGGGUCUCAGUUGGGUGCGAGCCGCAGGGCUGCACCCCAGGCCCAGGCACCAGGCCCCGGGGCAGUGGGGUCUCCUGCCUGGCCGGUUUCCAGGGAUCUAGUAGAGAGCACAGGACAAAGGUGAUGGGGGAAGUGUCUCCCAGUGAGGCGGGACCCCCGCUGGAGCUGGAGAGCCCUCCCUCCUGCCUGAACCCCAAGUCUAGUUUCAGGGUCACUAACUUCCCUGUGUAGAUGAAGGGGGACCACCUGGGGGACCCAGAGUCCAGGUGUGUCCCCACAGGUGGGGGUGACCUGGGACUCAGGUGUAUCCUGCUGGUGGGAGUGAUCUGGGAUCCAGGUGUGCCCUCGCAGAUGCGGGUGACCCUGCAGGUGGGGGUGACCCAGAGCCCAGGUGUGUCCCCGCAAGUGGGGGUGGCCCUGCAGGUGGGGGUGACCCAGAGCCCAGGUGUGUCCCCGCAAGUGGGGGUGGCCCUGCAGGUGGGGGUGACCUAGAGCCCAGAUAUGUCCCCGCAAGUGGGGGUGGCCCUGCAGGUGGGGGUGAUCUGGGAUCCAGGUGUGUCCCGGUCAGUGGGGACGUCCCUGCAGGUGGGAAUGAUCCGGGACUCAGGUGUGGGUAACCUGAGUCUAGGAGGGUCCCAUAGUUGGGGUCACCCAGGGCCCAGGUGUGGCCCCUCAGGUCGGGGUGUACCUACCAGGGAAGGGUGGUUACCUAGGACCCAGGUGUGUCCCAGAGGUAGGAGUGAUCCUGCAGGUGAGGCCUCCCCCAGCACUGUUGAGGGUGGGGCAGAUAGACCUCUGCUGGGCAGCUGGGUGGGAGGUACCCCAUUUUGGCCCAGUCCCAGGGGACCCCUCUGGGGCCUCUGCACUCAAAGGUUUCCUCCCCCACAUCUUCAGGGUUUUGCUCUGGUCCCUACCCAGCUGAUUUUCUGGCCCUGGUGAGUGGGGGGAGGGGGAGCCACAGCCCCCCAGCCCUCUUGGUCGUGGGGCCCUCUGGGCUCCGGGGGCACCUGGCGAAAAGACAGGAUGGCCCACGUUGGGGGUACAGGACUGGGUCCUGGGGAGCGUCCCUGCUGACCCCUUUGUUUUCUUCACUAUACCCCUCCGUCCUGGUCCUGUCCACCCUGUUCCCAGAAGAUAAGCUAUCAUCGUUGUAUUUGCAAUCUCUGGAUUAGCAGUUUAAGUAUUUAUUAUUGUUUAAUUAUUAUUAUUAUUGUCGUUGUUGUUGAUUAUGUAAAUUCGCCUUCUGUCUAUCGCAUUGGAUUUCCGAGGUGACCCGAGUGGAGGACGCCCUGGUCCCUCGGCCGCGUCCCUGUGCUGUCCCGGAGACAGACACUGAAGGCAGGUCCCGAGCGCGUCCUUCCUUCCUGUUAACCCCUUCUCCAGAGCUGUCAGACUUAGGUGGUCCCCGGCUCCCCCAGGGAGAGCCGGGCUGGGCGGGGCUGUGCACUCCCUGGCCCCGCCCCCGUCCUGGGCUGGAGCCCCGUCCCCCAGGGACCUGCCCCUCUGUUAUUUGCUGGAAAGUCCAGCGGAGGAGGGGGCAGCCCCACCCCUGACGGCUCCCGGUCUCUCUGGACUGGGCUGUCCCCCCUCACCCUGCCUCAGGACCCCUUCCCCAGUGCAUCCACACCACCACCCCUGCUCCAUGCCGCCCCUUCUUUUGUAUUUGGAAACAAUGUGUUGUAAUAAAUCCUGAGAUGGGUGUUUUC